ACUUGAGUCCGUACGGUCGAGGCCGCUGCUGGGAUUCCGGGAGCUCGGCGGCGGCGGCGGAUUGUUUUCCCCCGCUUGUCCUCUCCGGACUCCGGAGAAACCCGUCCCCAGCCAUGCUGGUCAGAGCAUGGAAGCGGCUGACUACGAGGUGCUGUCGGUGCGGGAACAGCUGUUCCACGAGCGAGUCCGGGAGUGCAUAAUCUCUACUCUGCUGUUUGCAACACUUUACAUCCUCUGCCAUGUCGCUCUGACCCGAUUCAAGAAGCCAACUGAUUUUACCACAGUUGAUGAUGAGGACGCCACAGUCAACAAGAUUGCACUUGGGCUCUGCACCUUCACCUUGGCAGUGGCAUUGGCUGCAGUCCUGCUCUUGCCCUUUUCCAUCCUCAGCAAUGAAGUGCUGCUCUCCCUUCCCCGAAACUACUAUAUCCAGUGGCUCAAUGGCUCUCUCAUCCAUGGACUCUGGAACCUUGUCUUUCUCUUCUCUAAUUUGUCCCUUGUCUUCCUCAUGCCCUUUGCCUACUUUUUCACUGAAUCAGAAGGCUUUGCUGGUUCCAAGAAGGGGGUCCUGGGCAGGGUAUAUGAAACAGUGGUGAUGCUGCUGCUCUUGUCACUGCUGGUGCUAGGCAUGGUGUGGGUGGCCUCUGCUAUUGUGGACAACAGCAAGACAAGCCAGGAGUCUUUAUAUGAUCUCUGGGAGUACUACCUUCCCUACCUCUAUUCCUGCAUCUCUUUUCUUGGUGUGUUACUCCUUCUGGUGUGUACACCACUAGGCCUGGCUCAAAUGUUCUCUGUCACAGGGAAGCUGCUGGUCAAGCCCAGGCUGCUGGAGGACCUGGAAGAACAGCUGCAUUGUUCAACCUUUGAGGAGGCAGCUCUAACCCGGAGGAUGUGUAACCCCACUUCCUGCUGGCUGCCACUGGACAUGAAACUGCUGCACAGACAGGUCGUGACCCUGCAGACACAGAGACUCAUGCUGGAGAAACGACAGAAGGCCUCUGCUUGGCAGCGAAACCUGGGUUAUCCACUGGCCAUGUUAUGUCUGCUGUUGCUGACGGGCCUCUCUGUGCUCAUUGUUGCUAUCCACAUCCUGGAGUUACUCAUUGAUGAGGCAGCCAUGCCCCGUGGCAUGCAGGAUACCUCCUUGGGCCAGGUGUCAUUCUCCAAGCUGGGCUCCUUUGGUGCCAUCAUUCAGGUUAUCCUCAUCCUUUAUCUGAUGCUGUCAUCUGUGGUAGGCUUCUAUAGCUCCCCGUUGUUUCGAGGCCUUCGACCUAAACAGCAAGAUACAGCCAUGACCCAGAUCAUUGGGAACUGUGUCUGUCUCCUGGUGCUGAGCUCAGCCCUGCCUAUUUUCUCUCGUACGCUAGGGCUUACCCGAUUUGACUUGCUGGGUGACUUCGGGCGUUUCAAUUGGCUGGGAAAUUUCUAUAUUGUGUUCCUGUAUAAUGCAGCCUUUGCUGGCCUUACCACCCUUUGCCUGGUCAAGACAGUCACUGGAGCAGUUCGGGCUGAGCUCAUCCGGGCCUUUGGUCUUGAUAGACUACCACUACCUGUCUCUGGAUUUCCACGUCAAGACAGCAAGACACAACUCCAGUGAUCUUGAUCUUAAGAGUUGGGUGGAAUGGAGAAGACUGAAUACUGCCAGGCUUGGAAUGGAGUCCUGGAGGGGGACUGGGUGCUCUCCGAGGCCUGGAAUUUUUUGUGUGUGGGGAGGAGUUGGCAGAUAGCUAAAGACCUUUGCACUGCUGUAUAAUCUGA